GUAUCUCCCAGAUAGCUGAAUCAGUUCCCAUCGAGAUUCCUCCGAUUCUUAUCUCACCACACCAGCUUCAUUCUUUUGGGUCUCCUUACCAUCUUCAACUCUAAUCUCAUUCUUCCUCUUUGACAAUUUUUUUGGUCAAUUACGAAAAAUCAUUGCUUGUUGAAAAUUACAUCUCAUGCUUCGAGGCCUUGAACGAAUCAAAUUCCUUUGAGAAGCAAAAAAAGAUUUCCUUUAUGGCGGAAAUGCCUGAAAAGGACGCUCCUUUCACGGUUGAAGAUAUUGUUCAGACGCCUUUACCCGGUUGUGUAGCCCCAACCGCAGUCAGCUUUAGCCCUGAUGACUCUUUGGUCACUUACUUGUUUAGCCCUGAAGAGAAUUUGACUAGGAGGGUGUACGCGUUUGAUGUUAAGAAAGGAGAAACAAGUUUGGUUUUUAGUCCUCCUCAUGGUGGAGUUGAUGAGAGCAACAUUUCACCGGAAGAGAAGCUGAGAAGGGAGAGGUUGCGAGAGCGUGGCUUAGGAGUAACUCGGUAUGAAUGGGUCAAGACAAACUUGAAGAUGAAAUUCAUGUUGGUGCCUUUACCUGCCGGGGUGUAUGUGAAGGACCUUUAUUCAUCACCAGAUCCGGAGCUCAUGCUUCCUAAUUCACCCACUUCUCCAAUCAUUGAUCCUCGUCUAUCUCCUAAUGGUUUAUUGCUUGCAUACGUAAGAGACUCCGAGUUGCAUGUCCUCAAUUUGUUAAAGAACCAGACGCAACAGCUAACAAACGGUGCCAAUGGAAGUAGUCUGACUCAUGGUAUUGCUGAGUACAUAGCUCAGGAGGAGAUGGAUCGGAGGAAUGGGUACUGGUGGUCAUUAGAUAGCAAGUAUAUCGCCUAUACAGAAGUCGACUCCUCACAGAUUCCUUUGUUCAGAAUAAUGCAUCAGGGAAAAAGCUCGGUUGGUUCAGAGGCACAAGAAGAUCAUGCUUAUCCUUUUGCAGGAGCUCUCAAUACCACAGUCCGUCUCGGGGUAGUUUCUUCAGCUGGCGACGGUGAGACCACUUGGAUGAAUCUUGUGUGCGGAGGAAGAAGCAACAUGGAGGACGAGUAUCUUGGUAGAGUCAACUGGAUGCCUGGUAACGUUCUCAUGGCGCAGGUUCUGAGUAGGUCACAUACUAAACUGAAAAUCAUCAGAUUUGACAUAAAGACUGGUCAAGCAAACAUAGUUUUGACGGAAGAAUCCGAUGCUUGGGUGACUUUACAUGACUGUUUUACUCCUCUGGAGAAAGUCCCUUCAGAAGGGUUCAUUUGGGCCAGCGAGAGGACCGGUUUCAGACAUUUAAAUCUUUAUGAGUCUGGAGGGAGAUGCCUUGGAGCCAUUACUAGCGGUGAAUGGAUGGUUGAGCAAAUCGCAGGCGUAAAUGAGGCUACGUGUUUGGUUUAUUUCACUGCAACUCUCAAUGGACCGCUUGACACUAAUCUUUACUACACAAAACUGGAAGCUGGGGAUGCACCUCGGUGUCAACCUCUGAGGCUCACACGUGGGAAAGGAAAACAUACCGUCGUGCUUGAUCACGAGAUGAGGAACUUCGUCGACAUUCAUGAUUCAGUUGAUUCGCCUCCACGGGUUACUCUUUGCUCUUUGAAAGACGGGACUGUACUCAAGAUUCUCUACGAGCAGACAUCUCCUUCACCGAUACUGAAAAGGCUUAAACUUGAGCCUCCGGAGUUUGUUCAAAUACAAGCCAAUGAUGGAGCGACAACGCUGUACGGCGCCGUUUACAAACCGGACAGUUCGAAAUUUGGUCCUCCUCCAUAUAAAACGAUGAUCAACGUUUACGGAGGUCCCAGCGUUCAGUUGGUCCAUGAUUCUUGGAUUAAUACAGUCGACAUGAGGACACAGUACCUGAGAAGCAGAGGCGUCUUAGUUUGGAAGCUUGAUAACAGAGGAACUGCACGGCGUGGGCUGAAAUUUGAAUCUUGGAUCAAGCAUAACUGUGGAAAUGUUGAUGCAGAGGAUCAAGUAACCGGAGCCAAAUGGCUUAUCGAGCAAGGACUUGCUAAACCGGACCACAUUGGGGUGUAUGGUUGGAGUUACGGUGGGUACCUCUCAGCUACACUCUUGACUCGGUACCCUGAGAUCUUUAAAUGCGCAGUCUCGGGUGCGCCUGUUACAUCUUGGGAUGGCUAUGACUCAUUCUACACAGAAAAGUACAUGGACCUUCCCUCUGAGGAGCGUUACCUGAAGAGCUCAGUGAUGCACCAUGUCGGGAACUUGACGGAUAAGCAGAAGCUGAUGUUAGUACAUGGAAUGAUUGAUGAGAAUGUGCAUUUCAGGCACACGGCUAGGCUUGUGAACGCGCUUGUUGAAGCGGGAAAGCGUUAUGAGUUGUUGAUAUUUCCAGAUGAACGGCAUAUGCCACGGAAGGUGAAGGACCGUGUUUAUAUGGAACAGAGGAUAUGGGAGUUUAUAGAGGAGAGCUUAUGAUGAUGAUACUUUCAUAAUUCUUUUGUUUUUGUUUUCACAUUCUUGUUUUUUUCUUCUUCACCAGCAAUAAUGAAUGAUAUAUCUCUCAUUCCUAUUGAAUAGGUUUAAGUAUUAGUUCACUAUCUUACACGGUUUAAUU